AUGCAAGACUGUGCCGAUCUCGUUUGGCGCGAGGUGGAGCGCCUCAUCACAGCUCCAUAUGCACCCUCCCUCCAGGGCCUCUAUGACUUGGCUCAACAUACACCUAAUGUGUCACUCCGCUCCUGGGCUUCCCAUAAGCCGUGCCAGGUUGGACCCCUGGUUGAUGCUUUGAUAGACGGCCUGUCUCGCUCCAGCCUCGCUUUGCAUUUGAUUAGCCCAUUCACAUCACUAGCUGCUUUUCGCGAUAGCUUACUGGAACGUUAUCCAUAUAUUUUGGACCAAUUCCUCCAGAAGGCCAUGGAAGAUGAUGGCACAGAGUAUAUACCCGUAUGCAUUGCAAUCUUGUCGUCUCCUCUUCCGGCUGAUUUUAUCCCACCCGCGCGGCUUGCGCCCUUCCUCAAGCAAUUAAUUAGCACAAUAGGAGACAAUCCUUGCGCGGAAACGAUUCUUCCAAUUUACAAGAUCAUGACCGGCUUGCAGACCUCACCAAGUGUUCUCCACAGCAUCCCCUCGGAGGUCAUGUCCAACCUCCAAAUAGAGCUCACUAAAACGCUGCGCAAUCUGGAUGACCAUAUGGGCAACCUCCUCUGUCUCGCUACCUUUGCUCGUAUCGCAUCUUCUCAGAAGGUGUCUAGAGGUAAUGAGAGCGCACAGCAAGUUCCUGGCUGGCUACAGAACAUUAAACAUUUCUUUGGUGCAAAGCGCGGCCUAAAAACCUUAGAUCUCGUUGUUCUGCGCGUAAUCCUUGCUUGCUCAACGAGCUGUCAAAGUCUGAUGACCGAUCAGGCUGUGGAAAGUAUCAAACUAGGAAUUGAGAUAUGCGCGACCGUGGAGGGAAGUCAGCGAGAGCCUUGGAUACAGACAAACUCGUCCAAGAUUGCGAAGCUUUGCGAGAAAGUCACGAGGGAUAAUAUUGACCCUGCAGUACAGAUGCUGGGUAUAACAUUCUUGGUUUACCUCCUCCCAACGGCCACCUUGCCCUCUGGAUUGCCUGAAGUUGCUUUGCACUGGCUCUUGUCAGAGAACAGCACACGCAUACUGGCAGCACUACCCCAGGAAUAUAUUUCACGGUUAGCAGAGACGAGUGUGCUCUGUCCAGGGCAGACUGCGAUAUGUAGGAUCAUAGAUUAUGUGAUUGCCGCAUUAAGCCCCAGGUACUCCGCGGAUGCUGCUAAUGUGGAUACUAUCCGAGUGGCACAAUCACUUGUGAUCGGAUUACAAAAUGUGGCCUCACAAGGCUUCGGCUCUACAGCAGCGGAGGCUACUUUAACACGGCUUAAGGGACCCAUCAACGAGCUGAUCGAAAGCUUUCCGAGACGGCCUUACUUGGCAUCGUGCCAGAACUCCACUAUAUGCUACACAUUCGUUUCACAGUCAGAGAACGAAUUGCUCUACGAGCUGUUCUCAUUAUAUUUUCAGGCUUCACUUUCACCAAGUCCAGAUCAAGAAGCCUCCCACUUGACCCACAUCGAUUCUUUUCGGGCGCUCAUGUUCAAAGCCAAGAAGCCCAUGUGCCGCAAUGCAUGUUCAUUUUCCGAAAUUAAGCCUCUUGAACUUAGGGUAACAGCCACAGCUCUGACAUUCCGUGAUGAACGUCCUAAUUCAAGAAAUGACUGGAGAGCUGGAUUAUCAGAGACCCUCAUGUUAAGCGCACGCACAACCCAUAACAGCAUGAUGCAAAAAGUGGAGGAAAUAUGCCAUGAUAUGGAACGCCGUUGUGCCAGUAUUGAAGCUCCCUUAAGGGCUGUCGAAGAAGAGCGACACAAGAUAUCGCUCGAAGCACAGGAAGUAAAAAAACACAAUAACGAGUUGACAUUACAGUUGCAGCAAGCAUCGAGGACAAUUAAUGAGCUGCAACAAAAUGUGUCCCGUCUCGAAGCUCAUGCUGAAACUGCGUCUGCUCGUAUUCAGGAGUUGACAGCAAGCCUUGAUGCGGCACGAGGAGAGCUAGAGGAUCAGCGGCGUGACUCCCAAGAGGCCGCCAAUCGGGACCGACAAAACGCAAGAACCAGAGAGCUGGAUUUGAUUGCCUCUGUAGCAGAAAAGGAGGAGCAGCUAGAGCAGUUACAGGAAGACGCCCAUCGAAAGAUGGAAGAGAGUGAUCGGCUACAGCAAAUGCUUGACGCUAGGUCAAAGGAGAGAGACGCCGCUAUUGAGCAAAGUUCGGGUUUGAAACAAGACAUGGCGAAAUUCCGUGACUGCAUGGAGGAAAAUCGGUUACUGUUAACGCGAAAAGAUGAGGAGGUCGCUCGACUGCAGGCUGCCAAGGAAGAUAUAGAGACUUUUAUGGAGACCUUACAAAGCAAGUUAAACGAGGAGGUUUCGGAAUCCGAUAAUAUUAGGUCCGCCCUCCGUGAAGCUGAACUGAAUUUCAAGACAGAGUUAGCUACUCUCAGGGAGCAGUUCGAGGCGCAAUUGUCCGCAAGUGCUACAGAAGGCGCGAAACAAAAAGAGGAGAUCGCAACGUUACAUGCUACCAUGCAGGCUACUGCUUCUACCGCCUCUAAAGAGCUGCAAACGAAAGAGAAGAGAAUACAGUACUUGGAAAAGAAGGUGCAACAUCUACGAGAUGAGCGAGCAGCCAAAGCACGUGAAUUUUCUGAGGCCCAGCAGCAUAUCACUCGACUGAUGGCUGUGAUGGGCUGGAAGCCCGACCCUGCAAAUACGCCAACCUCGGCCAAACAAUCGCGGUCCAGAUCAACGUUGGGGCCAUCGCAAGCGGAAGUGACACAACAGCAAACGCGUCCCGAGAAUGAAUAUUCGCAGCCGCAAGCCGAUAACAAUCUUGCCCAGUCUUUUGAGACUGACACGUCCCAUGCUGGCGGGCGUAGUCCUAAGAGAUCUAGGAUCACCGCUUUCCCUGUGGCUGAGUUACCAACAGAGUCCCAUGACAAUACGGAAAAGAAAUCGAGGCAUUCAAUCUACGGGAGAGGUGGUACUAGGAAAUCGCGUGACCGAACAGUGCUAGGAGACAUGGACCAGAAUAGCCAGCCCAGUUCUCAAGAAAGCAACAGGUCUAAUUCCAACCGACGGGGAUCUCUCAAAGACACCCAGUUUUAUGGUGGCACUAGCGAGAACCAUCUCCAGGAUAUAAACCUGGAUAUGGAUCUGGAGUUUACGAAGGAUUUCCUUUUCACCAGCACUUCUCUUUCCCAGGUCACUGAUGAGCAUAACCCUCAACCCCAGACCUGAUGUGUGUGAGUUCCA